AUGUUUUCUCGUGCUAUCAUUCCUUGUCGUUUACGUUACUAUUCUACACCCACAGCAGCUUUGAAUCUAUGGGUCAAACAUAAUGGAGGCCCAUCGACUCAAGUCUCCACCAAAAGCUGUAUCAAUAUCGAUGACUUUGCAAAGAAAGUGAAGCAAGAGCUCAAUACCUCCUCUCAAAUUGCUCUAUUUACUUCUCUCGACAAGGAAGCUCUUCGCCCUGGUCUUGCAGUGAAGGAACUACUCAAAACUGAUGAAUUCAAGAACAACACUGAUGAAUCACCUUUAUUCGUCAAAAUCAUUCCUGUAACUUCAGAUUCAAUUGCCUCUAAAACAAUUUAUGUUCAAGACAUCGAUGAGGAAUGCAAACCUGUUGACAGAUUUACAGAGGUUGUAGUUGAAAAUGAUACUGAUUUGAGACAAAUUCUUGGCAGCAAAGGAGAGGCUCUUUAUCAAUUGUCUAAUCCGAAGAAACGAAUCACGAAAUUGAAGCAGUUGAUUGAUGGUGAAAAGUACAAUGUUUAUUCUCGCUACGAGCAAUCAUUUGCUGAUGAAGUUCGUUGGCAGAAAAAGGAGAAUGCCGCUAUGGAAGAAGAAGUCGCUCUGGCUUUGAAGAAUUACUUGCAUUUGCACCUUGGCUCUGCUGUUAUUGACAUGCCUACUGACGUGCUCGGAAGUAACGGGAACAUUGUACAAGAAUGGGAUGCCGCUUUCAAGGUCGAUGAUGUUUUAUAUCUUUGCGAAGCCAAACAUGUCAUGUCUACUGACAAGUUACCAAAGAUUUCUCAAAGAAUCCAAACAUUCAAGGAGCAAUUUCAACCACAUGCCCAGGAGCAGCUCUCUAUUGGCAUCAACAAGAUUAUUGGUAUUGCAUGCGCUACCUACUUCCCCCCUCUUGUCCGUAAAGAAGCUCACGACCUUGGUUUAAUUUGUGUGUAUCCUUCUGACUGGCGUUACCGUGUUGACAAGACGUUACCAAUUGAGUUUAAAAUCGAACGUUAA